AUGCUGAACCAAUGGUUCGACAAAAAGCGCGGUCUCGCCUACGGGAUCCGCUUCGGUGCCUCCGGCAUCAGCGGCCUCUUCCUGCCCUUCCUCCUCGAAGCCCUCCUCCACCGGUUCGGAGCCCGCACCACACUGCGCGCCUUCGCCGUCGCGACAGCCGUAGGCAGCGGCCCCGGCAUUCUCAUGAUCAAGCCGCGGAUCCCGCCCUCCAUGACCCCGCGCAAACCCUACGGCAACACCCACGCCUUCCUCCGCAAAUCCCUCGUCUACGUCUUCUUCGCUACCAUCCUCCCUAAGAUCUCCCUCCCCUCCUACGCCCUCUCCCUCUCCCUCCCCCCCUCCUCCGGCGACACCCUCCUCGCAAUACCGAGCCUAGCCCAAGUAAGCGGCUAG